AUGGAAACAAUUGCAAAUGAUCCCAUUGAACUUGAAAAUAUUAAAUCGGAUUUUGAUAUUACAAAUGACGAUAAAACUGGUAGUACUAGAUCAAAAUCAAAAUUGACCAAGGGUUUUCUUGAUGUUAUGGAUAGACUAUUGAACUAUGACGGUACCGAGAUUUCUAAUCUUAUCAGUGGAACUGGUAGUUAUAGAGAUACUGCCAAUAUGGUUGCAUCUUUAGUUGCAUCUGUUGCUGUUUUAGUUCCAGUUUAUGGACCUAUUUUAUCUAAUGUUAUUGAUUUAUCGUUUUCAAUUGAAUUAAUUAAAGUGGCAGGUAAAGUUUGGGAUGGUAACAAUGCAGCUGCAGAGCUAAAUGAAGCUAUUGCCAGAGAACAAGUAAUGAAGUUCUUCCAAUCACUUACAACUGGUAAAUUAGAUGAUGUUCGUUAUGCCCUUCAACAAUUAGAACUUAGAAUUGUUGAUGUUUUGAAAAACAAUACCAAUGCACAGAAUCAAUCCAGUUUAGCAGCUCAAUACAUUACUUUUAACACUCAAAUGAAUAGUAUGUUUAACUCUGUCAUCAAUCAACCAAUGGAUUUUAGAAUGAAAUCAAUUCAAUUGUUUAGAGAUGCCACUCAGCUUUAUUUGAUUAGAGUUCUUUCUCUGAUGGCAAUGAAGAACACUUUGGCAAUGACACCAGAGUUUUACAAUAGACUUGUUGGUCAUUUCAAAAUUGGGGGUCAACAAUUGUAUCUUAGAAACGUACAUGUUGAAUGUCAACAAAAGUUGAAUAACAUUUUGGAAUCCAAAAAUAUAAAAGCCUAUUUUGAUUACAGAAAUGCUGCCUUAAAGAAUUUCGAUGGAAUCUAUUCGCUUUUAUUUUCUGACCCAGUUUUAUUCCCAAAGGGAAUAUAUGUAGAUAACCCUUAUUAUUUAUAUCAAGUACUAUAUGAUGACAAGAAUUUUGAUGAUUCUCUUUUUAGAUCUGGUUGGGAGUCACUUAUGUCUAUCCUUCAGGCUACAGACAACAUGUCAUACUUUGGUAAUUUAUCUGGACUUAUUUGUGGCUUUAAUGAUAGUAAUCAAAUUGUUAUGUAUAAGAAUCUCAGUCCAAAGAGAACAACAGAUUACUUCCCAUUGGGUAGCGAGUAUGGAAGUACACAUGAAAAGACAAUGACACUAGACGCCAAUGCAGCUUAUGGAAGUGCAUUCAUUGGAUUUAUGGAUUACAUAACUGUUGGUAAAACAACAAUUGGAACAGAAGAUCCAAAAAUGGCAUUUGUGGCUCAAAAGUAUGUCAUCCCAUCAGAACCAGGUAAUCCAUACAAAAUUGGUCAAAUUGCAGGAGUCAGAGCUGGAGCAAGACAAGGAUCAAUGGUACUCCCUAUGAUUGGAUUGGUAGAUAGAGGAGCCACUUUACAAAACGUCAUCUUAUCAUCAUGUGCUACUCUUAUUGCACCAGUUAAAUAUACGGCAAAGAAUGAACUUGUUAGCUCAAAUUUCGAUGAUGUAUUCAUUGGAUUCAAUUCUUUAAAUGUUAAGAGUGGUGGUGAGGUGACCUAUACCUUAUUCCCAGCUAAUAUAAAGGUCAUGAAAUAUGAUGUGUUUAUCAGGGUUACUGUUGGAGUUCAUGUUGGUGGUCUAUUGGGUACUCCAGCAAAUCAUAAUCAUGACGCCUGCAUCAAUAAUGCCAAGAGAAGAAUGUUGGAUAAUUCCGUUCCAGAUAUGCCAUUGAAAUAG